AUUUGCAGUAAAUGUAAGUACCGCACCAACGCAUUCGGAGAAAGCGACUCCCCGCCAACUUGAAUGCAGUCCAUUCGCUUUCGUACGUCAAGGAUUUAGCAUAGCACUCCCGUCGUCUUAAACGGCGAGCCCAGCCUUUCAUGCGCGCGCUCGUGAUCGAAAUCCAGGACGGGUUAUUUUCAGAAAGGAGAUAAAGCGAUCGAUAGCUCAGCUGCUCCUUCACGACAUGGACGUCCAAUAAUCCAACGUCCAAUUCAUCUAAGAAGAAAAAGGAUAACGUUGGAUGAUUCUAAACAUUGGUCGCCAUUGAGUUUUAUAGUGAUCGUCUGAUGCAAACGGGAUCAUAUAUAGCAGCUCUGACAAUCUGACCGACAGCCUCAUCUGCGUCGAGAUGUCUGAAGCCCGUCGCAUCUAAUUCCGGUUUAAAUCAUCCUGUGCUUUCGGGCUAUACUCCAUCGAAAUGAUCAAGUUGAAUUCACUGUGUCAUCGGGGAAACAAGAACAUCGACAAUGAAACUGACUCAGGCGGCCCCGACCAGCCUGAACUGGCACAGGUAUCCGACAUACCAUUACCGCUGUACAAACGGUUAUGGGUUGAUCCGUUGAACUUCCGAUGGAUCACGACAUUUAUCUGGGCCGUGGGCGUCGGCGUUACCUUCGGCAUCAUGGGCGACUUCUCGAUGUUUUACAUGUUUCUCGAGCGAGAGUUUGACUCGUCUGUGACCGAAUUAAGUUGGCUCGGUGCUCUACCGUGGUGCCUCUGCUGUUUCUUCUCGCCCCUCUCCACCCUGAUCGUCCACCGUUUCGGUUACCGCGCCACCAUGGUCGGGGCGUGUUUCGUCUGCGCGAUCGGGCUCUUCUCGACGAGUUUCAUCCAGGAGCUCUGGCCAGCUUUCCUCUCCUACAGCCUGUUCUUCGGCGGCAGUUCGGUGGUCCUUUACACGGUUGGCUGCGUCUACGUGACGGGUUAUUUUGACAAGAAGCACUGUACGGGCCCAGUCUCAACGAAUGGGCUGGCGUUUGAAAUUGCUAUCCUCGUCUUCAGUCCCGUUAUCCAAGUCACAUCGGACGAAUGGGGUUGGAGAUGGUCGGUCCGUCUCCUAUCUUGCUGCACCCUCGGCGCCGCCUUCCUAUUCAUUGUCUUCAUCCGCGAGCCUCCCAGCGACAUGUUCAACGACGACGACGACGAUGUCGUCGACGAUAAGAAGAAACAUUAUCAGCAGCUUCGUGAGAAGGAGAAGAAAGAAAGCGGUGCGGAAAAUGGGGGAGUCGUGGAGGAGCGACAAGACGGAGAGGAGGAGGAGGAGCAGGGGAAGGAGGAAGUGGAGCAGGAAGAGGAAAAACAUUGGAAAGCAUCUUUAAAGAGAUAUAUCACGUUGUUCAAGAUGCCAGCCUUCUCGAUUUUACUGAUUGGGAUCGUAAUUUCUUUCACUGCGUUGUCUUUCAACCAUAUAAACUUUGGUAGCUACCUCACGUCCGUGGGCAUAUCGGAUCAGAAAACAAGUUUGCUCCACUCGUUACUAGCCGGUAGUGCGUUGGUCGGACGGGUCUCGGUUCUCUUUGUCCAUCUUCUCCCUUUCUCCAUCCUCCUCACCUACCCCAUCAUCGCUGUCAUCAGCUGUGGGGUGUCCGUAGUUGUCCUCCUGGUUACCCCUCAUUGGAUAUUCUAUAUUUAUUCAAUAUUGAUUGGAUUGAUGCGUGGGCUUUAUUUCUCGUUGGCGACCGGCAUAGCAGUGGAGCUCAGCGGUAAAGAGAAGGCCGCUGAGGCUUAUGCCUUGGCCUUUGUUGCCUGGGGUGUGGGCAGUGCCCUGGCGGCCGUCGUACCUGGUAUCACCCAUGAGCUUACGGGCUCCUACACGCUUUCCAUGACCCUGUGCGCCGCAUUCUGGGGUGUGUCCGCCAUUUUGUUCUUCUUUGUCUACCUCUUAAACAGAAGAGCCCGAGCCAAGCGUAAGCGGUUGUCCUCCAACUCAAAAGUUAACGAGCUCAAAAAGGAACCGUUGCCUUUGAAAGAUAUCCGCAAGGACCAGAUCGUUUCCGCCUCCUACUCUCCUCUUCCCACCGAGGACGUGACGACGGUUUGAAACAGAGAUCACUUUCAAUUAAAUCUUAAAGGGAGUGUAUCAUGAUGUUAUUACCAAA